CUCAUCUCUCCCACAGUACCUCCUCCACCUGCGUCAUUCCAGGUUUUCGAUGGGCCGCCAUUCACUAUUGGCUCUCUUGCUCCUUUCCGUCCUAUCGGCGGCGGUCGCAACGGCGGAGGGCAUCGACGAUGAAGAUGACCUACUGAUCCGGCAAGUGGUGACGGACAACGACGAUCACCUGCUCAACGCCGAACACCAUUUCUCCACCUUCAAGACCAAGUUCGGCAAGACCUACGCUACUAGAGAGGAGCAUGACCAUCGUUUCGGUGUCUUCAAAGCUAACUUGCGCCGGGCUAGGAUACACCAGAAACUUGAUCCCUCCGCUGUCCACGGCGUCACUAAAUUCUCCGAUCUCACUCCCUCGGAAUUUCGCCGGCAGUACCUCGGCCUUAAGCCGCUUCGUCUUCCCGCCGAUGCUCAAAAGGCUCCAGUCCUCCCAACAAACGAUCUUCCUACGGACUUCGAUUGGCGAGAUCAUGGAGCAGUCACUGGCGUCAAGGACCAGGGAGCAUGUGGAUCAUGCUGGUCGUUUAGCACCACAGGGGCGUUGGAGGGAGCUCAUUUUCUGGCGACUGGCGAGCUUGUGAGCCUUAGCGAGCAACAGCUAGUGGAUUGCGACCAUGAGUGUGAUCCAGAAGAAGCUGGAGCAUGUGACGCAGGCUGCGGCGGCGGGUUGAUGACCUCUGCAUUUGAAUACACCCUGAAGGCCGGUGGACUAGAGCGAGAAAAGGACUAUCCUUACACUGGAAACGAUCGUGGUCCCUGCAAAUUUGACAAAAGCAAAAUUGUUGCUUCCGUGUCUAAUUUCUCUGUGAUUUCCACGGACGAAGAUCAAAUUGCUGCAAAUCUGGUUAAGCAUGGCCCUCUUGCGGUUGGUAUAAAUGCAGUUUUUAUGCAGACAUACAUCGGUGGCGUUUCGUGCCCAUAUAUAUGUGGAAAGCAUUUGGAUCACGGGGUUCUUCUGGUGGGCUAUGGAUCUGCUGCUUAUGCCCCCAUCCGCUUCAAGGAGAAACCCUACUGGAUCAUUAAGAAUUCAUGGGGAGCAAGCUGGGGAGAGAAUGGGUAUUACAAGAUCUGCAGGGGUCGUAACGUGUGUGGAGUGGAUUCCAUGGUCUCAGGCGUGGCUGCUGUCGGCACUUCUACCCAAUCAUCUUAAGCUUGUCUACUUAGUUCCUAGCCCAACUACUAGUUUCGAGUUUGUGUAAAUAACAAGUCCGUCAAAAUAUAGUCUGAUAUCCCUAUAAAUGUCCUCCAUAUGGGAACUGGAGACUGCGCUACGUUCAUGUUAUGUUAUGAUUUCUGUGUUUACUAUGUAACUCUACUCAUUAGUUGUACUAAAGAUAAAGAUUGUUACCCCUUAUAAUAUGAAUAGGAACGGAAAGAAUUUCUCUAGGAAA